GUUGCGCUGCUCUGGCGGGUUGGAGCUUCCAGAACAGUGUUUGGUAACAUGAGGGGCGAAGGAGGAGACACAGAUGCCUGUGGCAGAGGAACACCUGAUUUUCAACAAGGAAUGUCCAAAUGAUGAACCCAGACUAUGGCGACCCAGGAAACCACUCCAGGAAGCCAGUCAGAGGAGAGCAAUGCUUUGGACUUGGCGUCCAUCAAUGACAUAAAAGAUUAUGCUCUGCAGAGACCCCACCAUAAGGCAGACAGCGACGCAUUGAGCUCUGUGGAAACCCUUUCUCUUCCUUGCUCUUCUGAUGUGGAUUCAGACACCGGUAACCUAAGUACCGAACAAAAUGAUUCCUGCACCUCUGAGAACUUCUGGCUUGACCCUUGUGUGAAGGGUCAGACGGAGACCACGGCAGAGGACAAUGGGCUUCGGAAAUCCCUGGAUAGGUUCUAUGAAAUGAUUGGCCAUCCCCAGCCAGCCGCUAGAAAUCCACUCUCUGCAUCGGUCUGCCGGUGCCUGACUCAGAAAAUCAAUGAACUGAAGGGCCAGGAGAACCAAAAGUAUGCCCUUCGCAGUUUCCAGAUGGCCCGGGUCAUCUUCAACCGGGAUGGCUGUGCGGUCUUACGGAGGCAUUCCAAGGAUGCCCACUUCUACCCACAGGAAGAAGGAAGUGUGUCUCUGGAUGAUGAAAAGCCAACCCCGGGACUUUCAAAAGACGUCAUUCGUUUCCUCUUGCAGCAGAACGUGAUGAAAGCUCUCUAAGACGCCCCCAGUGGUAAGGGCACGCAGCGCGCAGGAUGGUCCCAUGGCCUGUGCUGUCAGUGCCUCCCCCAUUGCCCCUCCGGCCUAUCUGGCCAAUCCUGUGGCUCCAGCCCCCGCCCCCACCCCCCAUGAGUUGAUGAUACCAGAGCCACUUCAGCCCGCAUGGAGAGCCCCUCUGUUCACACCACCUCUCACCCCACCCUACCAUUCCCUUUGACUUAAGGCCCAGACUGUCCGGCUGGGGAUCCCAAAAGCACAGCUUCCUUGCCCCAAGGAAGGAAGGACAUGAUCUGCGGCAUAACAUACUCUCCAGAGCUCCCUUCUGGAUCAAACCAAGACUUGGGCUUCCCAGGAAAUCACGCCUUGCUCAGCCUCUUCUGUCUCCCUGUCCUCCUUCUCCUGUUCACCUACUGGUGUCUCCUGGGAGCCUUUCCUUAAUAAACCUCUUGCAUUUGAA